AUGGUUAACAACUAUACUGAAAUGAACCAAGUUAGUGUUAAAGAUAUUUAUCUUCCAUCUAAUUGGUCUGAUAUUGUAUUUGGAUUAUAUAUUUUUGGUGAAGUGAUGGCUUUCCCUUGCUAUUUAUUUGUCUUCUAUCAUCUUCUGACUCACAAAACAGCAAGUACAACUCUGUACAAUCAUACUACAUUGGUUAUGUUAUUUUUCAAUUUUAUAUCUCUUACAAUAGACAUGCCAUUAAUAUUGAGUUUUAUGCAACGAGGCGUCUAUAUACCAUUUACUCCUGCUGUUUGUCUCGUUCAUCAGUUUGUAAACUAUGGAAUAUGGUAUGCUGCUAUUUUUUCAAUGAUUUGGUUAUCAUUAGAACGACAUAUUUUAAUAUUUCAUUCAAGCUUAACUCGUACGGCACGUGGACGCUGUCUAUUUCAUUAUAUACCACUGGCUAUUUUCGCUCUUUAUGCGCCAGUUUUUUAUUUUUACAUCACAUUUAUUUAUCCAUGUGAACGCAUGUAUGAUGCUUAUACACUAGUAUGUGGUGGUCCAUAUUAUACAUGUUCAUUUUCACAAUCGCUUCAUUGGUAUGUGACGAUUUUUCAUAGUAGUCUUCCAGCCCCACUCAUUGUAAUUAUUAGUGGUAGUCUACUUCUUCGAGUCAUCAUACAGAAACGUCGUCUACAACGUGGUAAUGCAUGGAGACAAAAUCGAAAAAUGAUUCUGCAAUUCGUCUUUAUAUCUGCUACUUUUAUAAUUCUUGAUCUUCCUUUAAGCAUUGACAAUAUUCUGCGAAGAAUAGGAGUUGCCAGUGCUGGUACCAAUAUUGAUCUUAUUGUCAAUCAAAUGUCAAAUGUUCCAGCAAUGGUUUUACCUUAUGCUACUGCUAUAACUUUACCUAAACUAAAACAGAAACUUCGUAUAGUGAUAUUUUGUAAACCGACUCGUCACAGUGUUAAUGCCAGCAAUCAACAAACCUAA